GCCUCCGCCUCCGCCUCCUCCUCCUCCUCCCGCUCCCAGCCUCUGCCGGUGCGGGCCCAACAGUGCGAGAGGGAGCCAGCGAGCGCGGGAGGGAGGGAGCGCGCCAGCCAGCCAGCCAGCCGGAGUCCGGGCUCUCCCUCGCGGCGGCGGCGGCGGCAGCAUGUCGGGCCGGUCGGUGCGGGCCGAGACCCGCAGCCGCGCCAAGGAUGAUAUCAAGCGGGUGAUGGCGGCCAUCGAGAAAGUGCGCAAAUGGGAGAAGAAAUGGGUGACAGUUGGUGACACAUCCCUCAGGAUUUACAAAUGGGUACCAGUAACAGAGCCCAAGGUAGAUGAUAAAACCAAGAACAAGAAAAAAGGUAAAGAUGAAAAGUGUGGAUCUGAGGUUACUACUCCAGAGAACAGCUCUUCUCCUGGGAUGAUGGAUAUGAAUGAUGAUAACAGCAACCAGAGUUCCAUAGCUGAUGCUUCACCAAUUAAACAAGAGAACAGCAGCAACUCAAGCCCCCUGCCAGAGCAGAACUCCACAGGGCAGGCAGAUGGCCCUGGAACGAAAUCUGACGAUACUCAAGCAGAUGCAAAAGAGGAGCCUGGUUCAGAAGAUGCUUCUGAUGAACAGAACUCACAAUCUUCAAUGGAGAAUUCCAUGAAUAGUUCAGAGAAAGUGGAAACUCAACCUUUGGCAGAAAAUGAUAUAACCACAGAUGCAUCUAAAAACUCUCAGGACUCUGAAGGAGUGCCACCUUCUAAAAAGAUGAAAGUAGAGGCUCCCUCUCAACAAAACAUUGAUGAAAUAUAGACACUAGAUUUUUCCUGGCCAGUUUUUAUGUAAGGUACAUCAGUGGGCUAAAUUAUAUAGAACAACCAUAUUUACGUAUAUUCUCUUGGAUGAGGACAGAACUCCUAUAAACUUUUCAAGUUACCAAGCAAAAAUCCAAGAAACCAAGCAAAGGCAUAAUCUCUUCAGACACUGAAAACUUUUCUUUUCUGUGAAGCAAAACGUUGAGAAUUUAAGUUACUGUCUCUGAAAUGGUUGGAGUAAACAACUCAGGAGGGGUCUACGCACUGUUUCUAAUGUCAAAAUUACAAUUAUGUUGCUGCUGUAUUUUAUCACAUUCUCUAUUUAACAUUAUAAGAUAUUUAAGGAUGGUACAGGUCAGGUCUUCUCAUGUGAAGUUCAUCCUUCUGAUGUGAUGUCUGCUUUUUUUCUUUUUUUGUGUGUGCCUUGUGUUCCAAAACAAAAAAACAAAA